AUGAAGAAACGAUCAGCGUCGAAGGUGUCGGGGCCGAUCCUCCCAUACCAAACCCCGCGGCUGCGCGACCACUACAGCCUGGGGCGGAAGCUGGGGCAGGGGCAGUUCGGGACGACGUACCAUUGCAUGGAGAAGGCGACGGGGCUGGAAUUCGCGUGCAAAUCCAUCCCAAAACGGAAGCUCAUGUGCAAGGAGGACUGCGACGACGUGUGGCGGGAGAUCCAGAUAAUGCACCAUCUCUCCGAGUACCCAUGCGUGGUGCGGAUCAAGGGUACCUAUGAGGACAACAUGUUCGUCCACUUGGUCAUGGAGCUAUGCAAGGGCGGUGAGCUCUUCGAUCGGAUCGUGCAGAAGGGGCAUUACAGCGAGAAGAAGGCCGCCCAUCUGAUGAAGACCAUUGUCGGGGUGGUGGAGGCGUGCCACUCGCUUGGGGUCAUGCAUAGGGAUCUCAAGCCUGAGAAUUUCCUCUUUGAUUCGCCCGAUGAGGACGCCAUGCUCAAGGCCACGGAUUUUGGCUUGUCCGUUUUUUAUAAACCAGGCCAAUAUAUAUAUGACGUUGUCGGAAGUCCUUACUACGUUGCGCCUGAAGUUCUGCACAAAUACUAUGGGCCUGAAAUCGACGUAUGGAGUGCCGGUGUGAUUCUAUACAUAUUGCUAUGUGGUGUUCCUCCGUUUUGGGCAGAAACUGAUAAUGGGAUCUUUAGACAAAUCUUGAAAGGCAAGAUCGAUUUAGUGUCGGAGCCAUGGCCCCACAUUUCAGACAGUGCCAAAGAUCUGGUGAAAAAGAUGCUCGAAAGAGACCCCAAACAAAGAAUAUCUGCUCACGAAGUCCUAUGCCAUCCAUGGAUCGUGGACGACACGGUCGCACCUGACAAGCCGCUCGGAUCAGCUGUCUUGUCGCGGCUGAAGCAGUUCUCGGCCAUGAACAAGCUCAAGAAGAUGGCUCUUCGCGUUAUAGCGGAACGGUUGUCGGAGGAAGAAAUCGGGGGAUUGAGACAGUUAUUCAGCAUGCUCGACGCGGAUAACAGUGGGACAAUAACGUUUGAGGAACUCAAACAUGGCCUAAAAAAAGUGGGAUCCGAACUCAUGGAAUCGGAGAUUCUUGCACUAAUGAAAGCGGCUGAUAUCGACAACAAUGGGACGAUAGACUACGGUGAGUUCCUAGCAGCAACACUGCACAUGAACAAAAUGGAAAGGGAGGAAAAUCUUCUUGCUGCUUUCUCCUUCUUCGACAAAGAUGGGAGUGGCUACAUCACUACUGAUGAGCUCCAACAAGCUUGCAAAGAUUUUGGCCUCGCAGACGAUCAGAUUGACGAGAUCAUUAAAGAAAUCGACAUAGAUAAUGAUGGACGCAUCGACUAUGGUGAAUUCGCAACUAUGAUGAGGAAAGGCAAUCCUGGAGUUAGUUCAAGAACCAUGAGAGGAAAUCUUAACUUUAACUUGGCCGAUGCACUCCAAGGUAAACAAGAUCCCAAGGAGGAGGACGAUGACUAAAUUUCACUUUUUUUGUAUAUGAUUCUGACAAAUGUAAUCUUCAAU